AUGGCGGCGCCCAGGGCCGGGCUGGGAGCGGGAGCGGGGGUCCCGGGCAGGCAGGGGAGCUCGGGGGUGGAGGUGGUGUUUCCCUCCGAGCCCGCCCCGCCCGCCCCGCUGUGCCCCCACGGGCCCACACUUCUGUUCGUAAAGGUGAACCAAGGGAAAGAAGAAACGCGGAGAUUCUAUGCCUGCUCAGCCUGUAGAGAUAGAAAAGACUGUAAUUUCUUUCAGUGGGAAGACGAAAAGUUGUCAGGAGCUAGACUUGCUGCCCGAGAAGCUCAUAACCGAAAAUGUCAGCCUCCUCUCUCCCGAACGCAGUGUGCAGAAAGGUACUUGAAGUUUAUUGAGUUGCCCUUGUCUCAGAGAAAGUUUUGUCAAAGAUGUCAGCAGUUGCUGUUGCCAGACGAUUGGGAGAAGCAUCAUGAGCAUCGGGUAGUAGGUGAUAUUUCUAUCACCCAGUUAAGAAGGCCCAGUCAGCUUCUUUAUCCAUUGGAAAACAAGAAGACAAAUGCCCAGUAUUUGUUUGCUGAUCGGAGCUGUCAGUUCUUGGUAGACCUACUUCCUACCCUUGGAUUCACAAGAGUGCUCUGUGUUGGAACACCAAGGUUACAUGAGCUGAUCAGAUUGAAAGCAUCAGAUGACAAGAAAUCUAACAUUAAAAGCCUUUUAUUGGAUAUUGAUUUUCGGUAUUCACAGUUUUAUAUGGAAGAUAGCUUUUGCCAUUAUAACAUGUUUAACCAUCACUUCUUUGAUGGAAAGGCUGCCCUUGAAGUAUGCAGAACAUUUUUACAGGAAGAUAAAGGUGAGGGAGUCAUUAUGGUGACAGAUCCUCCUUUUGGUGGCUUGGUUGAACCUCUGGCUGUUACAUUCAAGAAGUUAAUUGCUAUGUGGAAAGAAGGUCAAAGCGAAGAUAGCAGUCACAAAGAACUACCCAUAUUCUGGAUUUUCCCCUAUUUUUUUGAAUCCCGAAUUCGUCAGUUUUUUCCAAGCUUCUGCAUGCUGGAUUACCAGGUAGAUUAUGAUAAUCAUGCACUUUAUAAACAUGGGAAGACAGGUCGAAAACAGUCUCCUGUGCGUAUUUUCACCAAUAUUCCGCCCAACAAAAUAAUCCUUCCUAGUGAAGAAGGGUACAGAUUUUGCCCUUUGUGUCAACGAUACAUCUCCCUAGAGAAUCAACAUUGUGAGCACUGUAAUUCUUGCACCUCCAAGGAUGGCAGGAAAUGGAACCAUUGCUUUUUCUGCAAAAAGUGUGUAAAACCUUCCUGGAUCCACUGUAGCAUUUGUGGUCACUGUGCGCUUCCAGAUCAUACUUGCGGGGGCCCUAAAGAUGGCUGCUUUAUUUGUGGUGAAUUAGACCAUAAACGUAGUACUUGUCCUAAAAUUACUACAUCUAAGAAAGUGAACAGAGCUGUCAGAAAGCAGAAGCAAAGAAAAAGUAAUAAGAUGAAAAUGGGGAUCACUAAAGGACAAUCCAUGAAUCAUACAUCUGUUACAAGGAAGAAGAACAGGAGAGAAAGAGCCCAUCAAUAUCUUUGCUCUUAAAUGUCCAGUGACUCGAGAAUAAGAAAGAUUUAUUGUCCAACCUUUGAUGCCAUUUUCUGAAAGGGCCACAUUGGACUUAAAUUCUGUUGCUUUCAAAGGUAUGCACCUUUCUAAGCCAGAUAAUAGGCAGGUAGUAUUUGCUGGUUUAUGGACACCUCAGCAGCCUCUCUGGGGACAUGGGGAGGUGUUCCAUCCUGAGAUGGUUGACCAGAUCUUUCUGUGUGCCUUUUUUCUCACUUUAAAUCUCUCCCAAUCACAUGAUUUGGGCCUCUUUUGAACAACGGGCAUGCAGCAUUCUUUUGCAGAAAGUGUCAGAAGAAAAAUGAAAGUGAGAAUGUGAAGUCUGGUUUAUGUUAAACACAAGAAUGUUAAUUUAGAUACAGAAAUGUUCUAAGUAUCAAAAUAUUGUAUGAUGACUUAAACCCCUCUUGCAAAGAAAAGUACAAUGAACAAUUAGUUUUAGACAAAAAUCUGAAGAUGAUGGAGAGAAUUUCCAAAAAGUAGUCUUAAGAUACAAAGAUUAUAAUUAUGGUUUUAUUAUUAAAUACUUGUCAAGUCCUUUUUACAGUGUCCUUUGAUGGUGUAGAAGCACUUAAAUGUUGUAGAAUGAAUGAGAUGUCUAGAAUUAUGACUCGCUCCAUCAACUCCAUGUCUUUUAACUGAGGCAGUAAAUUUAUUUCUUUGUAAAAGUAGUAGCAGAAGGCAGGAUAGUUUGGAGACUAAAACCUCUCGUCCCUAUUCUGAUGAACCCUUCCUGACUGUAUGUCCUUGGCCAGGUCAUUCACUCACAGCCCAUUUCUUUGUUAUUAUGUAAUUAUCUUAUUACAGGCUUAUUUUUAUGGUUAUGUUAAA